CCGGCAUUAAAUUAAGCAAUUUAUAGAGUAGUUUUGGCCAAUAAAAUGUCGAAAAAUGCUACGCGAACCAGCAGCAAACCGAACGCCCGAAGUGAAUUAUUGCCCAGGAAAGCCACAAAAUCACCGGCAACAAGUGGCCCAGCGACCACAACAGCCAGGGAAUCAAAGGAGCGAAGGUCACUGGUCAGGCAACCGGAAAGCCUCGAAGGUGAAAAAAUUGCAAGGAAAACCGCAGCAACAGCCCAGCCUUCAACCAGCAAAAAGCCGGUAAACACUGCAAGAAUCAAGGAAGCAAGGGAACCCCUAAGCAAAAGGACCACUCCAUCCCCCGGAGCAUUGCGUGCUAGCAGCCGGCUUACACCCACGACAAGCAACCCGCCCUCAAAGCCCUCCAAGACCAAACCCCCUGUCUCCAAAUCCAAGCCCAAUGCAGUUCUGGACACUUACCACAGUGUCACAGUGGCCUCGCCACCGCAAAAGCGCAGAGAGCAGGCAAAACAGGCAGAGCCAGCUGGCGAAGAGUCCCCACCUGCUCCGGCUAGAACCCGCACCUUCACGCGCACCCUGCAGCCGGAGGAAGUGGUGGUUCUCAAACGAGAAUCGGCCAAGCAGCGGAGCGAGGUGGAGAAGCCGCCAGAACCAGAGCCUCUCAAGCAACCUGUGGCCUUUGAAGUCAAAUUUGAGGAAGAGAAAAAGACCGAGCAGGAGUCUGAUCACUAUUCCGAUGAUUUUGAGUCCUACGAGUCGGAUUUCGAGACAGAUGCCAGCACCCCCGAAGAAGAUGAGGAAGAACGGGGUGAUAAAGAGGAGCUACCUUCAUCGGAGGCAGAUGAUGAGGAGCCGGAAGAGAAGCCAGAGGAGGAGGAGGACGAGUCAGAAGUGGAGGAGGAAGACACCGAACCCACUCAAAACCCCAUCACCGUGAUCCAGCGCGAAAAAGAUCAAGAGCGCAAGCUAGACUCCGGCCACUACGAGAUGCACCUGCGAAGGAAUCCCCUGCAGCAGCAGCAGCAACACCACUAUGACAGCUUCGAUACCAACUCCAUGGCCAACUCAGACCAACUGGACUCCGGCAUCAGCACGAAUGGAGGAGUGGAGAAGCCUCAGAGUGGAGGAGAGUGCGGCAGCAAUACCUACUACGGUGGCUACUCCGGCUUCGUGUCCCAUCCCGUGAUCAGUCGCCGUGGCGAGGAGCUGAUGGCCAAGCUGCGCUUCGACCAGCUCAACUACCACCUGUUCGAGAUGAAGCCCCUGAGCUACGAGGGCUUUAUGCAGAGCUACGGCAAGCUGAAUGCCUGCCAGCUGGCCACGCAGACGGAGUCGCCCCACAUGGACGGCGAAUGCCAGACGCUGCAGGUGCACACGCGCAGCAGCUGGACACAGCAUCCGCCGCACUACGGCGGUCAGUUGGUGCUUAGCUGCAGUGGCGAUGCAGAGACUGAGAUGGAGACCCUGAAAACCCAGCCUAGAGAUGAGUACGAAGAGAGUCUCGCCUGUUUAGAGCGACUGCAUCGCAUGGAGCAAGUACGCUCUCAGCAGCAGCAGAGUCGGAGAUUGGCCAAGACCACGGAUCUGGAGCGACUUAAUGCGUUCGUGCACAAAGCCGCCCGUCUGAUGGGUCGGGUGUUGGAGGGCACCAAGAACCAGAACCACACUAGCAGUGCCAGGAAUGUACCCCUCCAAACCGGACUCCUGAAUGCCCUUCCUGUGCGUCGCAUUUUUGGAAGCUCUGCUGGCAACGGACAACUGGUGGUCACCGUACACGAAUGCCCGCAGGAGAGCAAUGUGUACAGCGAGGACUUUGCCAGCCUGUUGAUGGUUUGGUCUCUGACCAAUCCCGGCCAGCCGUUACGGCUGCUCUCAACCUGGGCAGAGGUAAGCCGCGUGGCGCUCUGCAGCGAAGCUCCGGACAUCGUGGUGGCCGGACUCCGAGAUGGCAGUGUGGCCAUGUGGGAUCUGCGCGAAACGCACAGCUACUGCUCCAAGUUAGAUGGCCACUUGACCCACUUUGCAGCCACUCAGUCGGUGGUGCCCAUGCUGGAGCAGUUAAAUCAGUUGCAGGAGGUGACGGCUGCCAUGGACUUGGGAGCCGUGGUGGAUGUGCGCAGCUUUAGAUCUCAAACAAAGAGUGGAGGAGGCAUGACCACAGCGGGAACACCAUUUAAGGAAGUGCAGUUCGCCGCUCUCAAUGACUCUGGCCUGCUGACCAUGUGGACUCUGGUCGAGGGCGCCUCAUCUAGUAAUACCAACGAGUUCAGCUCACCUUGGGCACGGGUUAAGCUCCUUCAAAGCGCCAGCUGUGAUCUGAGGAGCUACUUGGAACGACGCCUCCUGAAGAGCAAUACGAGUGCUUAUGAGAAAACCAAGAGCCUUUUUCAGGGCAACAUCUACAGCGACGAUCUGCUGCGGGAGCUGAACGAGACUCAGACGCUGACCACUGCCCUGCAGGGACAGGGAUUGCAGGGCAUGCGCUUCACCAGCAUUGAUACCGGGAGCGAUCUUAUCUACGUCUGCACCAACCGGAACUUUUUGCUUUGCUGCACUCGGAGCCUGAAGCCGGAGCGUUUCACCAGAAUUGCCGUGAACGAGAGCAGGUUCCUCUUUCCCACCUCACUGUGUGUGCUCUCCAACGAGAGCUAUGUGGCCGUUGGCCUGUCCAAUGGCUCCGUGAUGAUACUCAACUGUAAUCAGCGGCAAAGGCAGCGCCAGAAAGGAUACCAAAGACCAAUGACAGGUCACCCGCCAGCCACAGCUGAGCCCGAUCCGGACACGGGCAAAUCGUGUGCCAUUCAGAACAUAAUACUCAACGAACGGCGGUCCUUUGACCAGCAGGUGGACCCCUUAGAGGGCAGCAGCUACGAUGCCAGACCGAAUACAGCUUUGGAGCUAAUUGAGCGACCCAGGCGCUCCUACGAAAUGCGGGUCUUUGACCAGCAGUUACUCUUGAGCGGCAGCGGGCUGCGUCAGCAUCUUGUCCAGGCUCUGAUUCUCUCCAGCGACGGCUGGCGACUCUCGGCUUUGGCCAAUGGCGCGGUGCGUACCUACGACUUCUACCGGGACAGGGAGCUGUUGGCUAGUGGUGAACAGCCGACGGAGAGGCGCCUGAAAGUGACGGAUAUAGCGAGCGCUCGCAGCUCUGGCAAUGAGCAACACCUGCUCAUCCUGGACACUGCUGGCCAGGUGCUAAUGCAGCCACUUGAUCACUAG